CUCCAACGUCUAUUCAAUUAUCAAUAUCAGCUGCUUUACGCUUUAUGCUCACGGAAUAGAAUUGGGCCCUGCCCGCUUUCGUCCGAGCUCCGUUUCCCCUCCCUUGGACCAGACGAACACGAACCCAAUGAUUCGAAUGCUAAGCUACCUGUUUGAAGGGGGCCCGAAACACUCCUUGCUCCAGCUUGGUUCCCAGGAUAUCGCCCCGUUUCAAUGGAGAAGGACACCUGGAUCCUUUCGAUGCACUCGAAUCUCUUCGCAUGCCCUCAUCUUCAUAUUCAUCUUGCUUUAGUUCAUUCUUCAAACGCUGUCCGUACAUCAAUUUGACUCUAACGUCUUCUCAUGUCGUCGUCCCCUGUCUCGUGAACCAAGCUAUCCAGAAACACGUUCUAUAGCCAAUAGCUGCCGCCGCAAUGUUGGAUAUAUACCAGAUCAACCUUGCAGGUCUGCUCCUCGCCUGCGGCACGCUCUUCGCCUCGGGUAGCCAGGAGAAGCAAAAUGUUGCCAAGAAGGAUGAAAAGAAGGACACCAAGCAGAAACCCAAGCAGCAGGGCUCUCAAUGGGCCUUCUACGUCGUCUAUGCUCUCGUCAUGGGCUCCGACUGGCUACAGGGCCCAUUCCUCUACUCGCUCUACAAGAACGAGCACCAAAUCCCGUCGGACCUUGUUCCGACCCUCUUCACCACCGGCUUCGUCUCGGGUGCCGUGGCCGGUUACUUCAUUGGCUCUCUGGCCGACCGUCAUGGCCGCAAGGCGAGCUGCCUCUUCUUCUGCGCCGCCUAUGCUCUCUCCUGCGUCUUGACCACGAUCCCCAGCGUCCCGUUGCUCUUCCUCGGCCGCGUCCUCGGCGGGUUGGGUACGAGUCUGCUCUUCAGCGUCUUUGAGAGCUGGAUGGUGACGGAUUUUCAUGCCCGCCAGCUGGGUGACCAGGGCCUGGACCUGUCCCGCACGUUCGGCAUGAUGAGCACCGUCAACAGCAUCGUUGCCAUUGUGAGCGGCGUCGUGAGCGAGUGGCUCGUCUCCGCAACGGGGACGCGCAAGGCACCCUUCCUGGCCAGUGUGGGCUUGUUAGUCGUUGCCGCAGGGGUCAUUGCUAGCAAAUGGGAUGAAAACUACGGCUCAGCGGGCCAAUCGUCAUCGGAAGCAUCAAGGAGCAAGAAGACCACCAGCCUCUGGUCCACCAUGACCGACAGCCGCGUUCUCGCCAUCGGCCUCGCCUCAACCAUGUUCGAGGGAUCCAUGUAUCUCUUUGUAGUCCUCUGGUCCCCCGUUCUCGUCUCGGCCUCGUCUUCCCCGGAGACCCUUCCCUACGGUAUCAUCUUCGCCUCUUUCAUGGCCUCGACCCUCCUCGCCUCUCUACUUUAUCCGCGUCUCCUCGCUCUCGUCUCUACGCCAUCCCGGCUCCUGCUCUCAGUUCUUUUCGCCGCCAACGCCGUCUUCUUCGCCCUCGGCACUGGUGCACCGCGCGCGGAGCAGGUCACCUUUUGGCUGUUCUGCCUGUUCGAGGCCUGUGUUGGUCUGUAUUUCCCCUCCAUGGGGUAUCUCAAAGGAAAGGUUGUCGACGACGGUGUUAGAGCACAGGUCUACGGCGUGCUUAGGAUCCCCCUUAACGUCUUUGUCGUCGUAAGCCUUAUGUUCAGCAGCGACGGGCAGGCGGGCAAGGUGUUUCUCGUUUGUGCCAUGUUGCUCCAGGCGAGCUGCGGCGCUUUGUGGCUCAUGGGUGGUCAAGAUGCGUAGGCUGUUUCUGCCGUGGACAUAUUUCCAAUGAAAGAGGACAAACAAAACUAUAAUGACCAUGUUCGUGUUUGCAAAGAAGCGAGUUAUCCCUC